GAUUUAUAUGGGGCAGAGGAAUUAGAACAUAUUCGCAUACUCUCAGACUGUACAAAAAGCUUUUAUUUAGAUGCGGCUUUUGGUGGCAAAUUUACCUUGCCCAACUUUCUAAAAAAUCUUAGUUGUUUGGACGUGUUCGUCUCUACUGGUUUAAUUAGAACAACACUAUUACACAUCUCGGCUACUACCGGCUCUUCUGAGUUUCUUACUCUUUUGCUUACUUGGGGCCACAAUCCAAACUUAAGAAAUUCUUUAGGCGACACGCCACUUCACUUGGCUGUGAUCAACAACAAAAUUGAUUGUGUCAAGGCUUUGCUCAGCUAUAAGGCUAACCCAGAUGCGGUGGAUGCCGCUUCCUUAUCGCCUCUUCACUGGGCCGCUUAUACUUUGAGAAAAGAAUGUCUGCAGGCUCUCAUUGAAAGUGGAGCGAAUCCUUUUUUACAGGACAGGCUUGGACGAACUCCCCGAAUUUGGGCCUCGGAGCAAGCUGUGGAUUCGGAGGAAAUAAUUUUUCUUUUAACGGAAGCGGAAAAAAAAUUAAGUUCUGCUAAAGACAGAGAAUUGCAAACUUUGGCUGAACAAGAAGAGCCUACUUUUCAAGAGUUUCAAAAGCAAACAGUUGAAGAAACCGAAAGCCCUUUGUCCCCUGAUCUUUUGAGCGGAAGCCCUCAAAAAGUUUUUAAAUCAUCCAAUCAUGAAAGGGGGGGUUCUUUGAUCAAAAGUUUAAUCGUAACAAUAAUUGCAAUGCGAGAAGAAUAUAAAACCCAAAUGACAAGUUUCGAAUGUAUAAAAAGUAAUCUUCUGGAAAAGAAUAGGGACUUACAAACGCGUGUUUCCUUUUUAGAAAAGGAGCUAAAAAAUAUUCAAGCUGAAAAGUCUUGUGCAAACUUGUCCUACCAAGAUUGUUUGAUCGCUACCAACAAUUUUUCUACAGAAAAUUUGAUUGGUAAAGGCGGGUUUGGCUCUGUUUUCCGCGGCACCUUGAAGGGGACCGAAGUUGCUAUAAAAAUUUUAUCUCCAGAAAGUUCUCAAGGAUUAGCGGAAUUUUCUAGAGAAAUACAAAUUUUGGGUAAGUGUAGGCAUAGAAAUCUUGUAUCUUUAACAGGCAUAUGCAAGGAAGAUAACAAACUUUGUUUGAUUUAUGAAUACAUGCCGCAUGGAUCCCUCAGAGACAGGCUCGACUGCCGCCACAGCACCCCCCCGCUAGAAUGGAACACACGGGUACAAAUUGCGUUGGAGUCUGCCCGAGGUCUUCUGUACUUGCACUGCGGAAUUACUCCCCCCGUUCUUCAUUUGGACGUCAAGUCAAUGAAUAUUUUACUUGACAAAAAUUUUGUAGCAAAAGUUGCUGACUUUGGACUGAUAAGACCCACGCCUGAAGCGACGGGGAGGACUCACGUGACUACCAAGAGGCUAAGCGGGACACAUGGGUAUAUCUGCCCAGAGUACGCCUCCACCGGGCGCAUAACAAACAGGGCGGACGUCUACAGCUUCGGUGUUGUCCUCUUGGAGCUCAUUACGGGAUUUCCAGCUGUGCUACCGGAAUUUACACCCCCACAACUGUGCUUGAGAGUCAAAGACUACCUAAAAGGGAAUGCCACGUGGUUCCGCCACCCGAAAGAUAAUACUGUCCCUUUUAAAAGUGUGAACUCUGCACAAAAAAAGUGGCCAACUGAAACAUCUUUACAAGAACUCCUAGACCCCAAUGCUCAAAACUGGCCGAUAGCCAAAGCGAAACUAAUAAUUAAAUUGGCGCUAGAAUGCGUGAAACCAAGACCAAGCAGACGGCCUUCCAUGGCAGAGGUGUUCAAGAGGCUCGAGGAAGUGCAAAAGAGUACUAAACAGAAAUGCCAAGUCCUCCGGCACUAGUCGAUUCAUGGAAUUUGCGUCCAACCCAAUAGUACUUUCAAAGAGUAACAGUUUUU